UCAGAUGCAAAGUGGCUUGGUGGUCAGUUUGAAGCUUUUCUCUCGAAGUAACCUCAGCGAAUCCAUGAAGAUAUAUGACUAACAUCGACACCCCUUAUGGAUCAAGCAUUCUCAACACACGCAAGGGCGGACUUUAACCGACUUUCAUCGGAUCUGAACGUUUUCAGGUGUCAUUAAAGGGAGCUAGCCAUGAGUAGCGUAACCUCAUUCCCAGGCGGAACGCUAGGAGCGCGCUGCUCCAAAGCGCGUUAUUGGCGAGGGGGAGGGCGGGACUUUCAGCUCUAUGGAUUAAGCGGCGAGAGGCAAGAGAGGUACUUCCGGUGGAGAGGUAUUUAUCAAUUUUUUCGGACAUUCCUUAUCAUUUCUUUAGUCGAACCUCGAAUAUAAAUUAUACUUGUGGUUGAGAUACUUCACGUUAUUCUAAAUCCGUGAACCGCCAUACCCAACCCAUGGGACGCAAGAGACCGGAAACAGCUUCGCAGUAGACCGGUAUAACGUUACAGCCCAGUAUCCUCUCAGCCUUGGCGUAACAGUCGCUAGCAUGACAACCAGGAGGAGAUCAUUGGUGCCCUCCCCUGUGGCUUGGUGGCUACCAGCAGGUAAGUUGCACCCUUUCCUUUCUUUACCACCAUCGAUGAGGCUACGAAUCGGCAUGUAUUUACGAAAAAGAAGAAAAGUGUUUGCCUGGUCAUCGUUUACACUAUCCACACCGAGACUAAAGUGAUGGGUUGUAGGGUGAGGAUCUGUGCCAAGCCUCAGAGAGCUAACAUUAGCAGAGUAGCUGUCAGCCAUAGCCCCAGCUCCCCAGUGCACACAGCUGGGAGGCACAGGGCGAUCAGCUCGGUUAAACCCCUUAAACAACACAAAAUGAACCGUUUUUCCGACGGUUCUCGUGUUAUUUGUUGGGGGAUCUGUGCAGUGGGUCUGGGCUGUGGUGGUGGUGGUGGUUGCUGCCCUUGUCGUGUCAUUCUGCUGUCCAACACACCUUGUGGUGUUGGAUUACAGCUUGACAUUUAUCAGACGCCCCCCUUCUUUCGCUCUCUGGCGAAUAGUUGUUGUUACACGGCUGUUUAUUGGGCAUAUUCGGUAACGUUGUGCUUACAAUACUGUGUACGUAGUGAGGAUAAGGGCGACUUGGCCAUCCAUGUUGGGUGUUUGUUUUCAUAGUCAUGUAACAUGAGUUAAAGUUAUGCUUGUCGUUCUGCCAUUCAAAUGAACAAUGGUGGAUGUGGGCAGCUAGUGAAUCUGUGUUUAGUGAGGUGAUUUACAGUUUACAUUGUAGUAAUCCAAAAUGGGCUUCUGUAUUUUAUUGUACCAUGUUGAUAGAGAAAUAGCCUAACACCCCCGGUUUCCUAUAUUAAAAGGCUGUUCCCCCAGUACUUCCUCUCACACCCUGGCCCUGCUGUCCCGUGCAUAAGGGAGGCCUGAUGCAUAUUGAGUGGAUCAUCUGAAGGGAUUACCUCCAGCCAUGGAAGGACUGCUCCGUCAUCCCCAAGGUAAACUAGUAACAUAAGGAGUUCACUGCUCCAGACUGAGAGAUAUUCAAGUUAAACCAAGCAGUGUUUGAAAGGGUGCAUCAUGGGUUAUGUAAUUAGACAGACGACAUCGAAGUAAAGCUUUGUAAGGGGUUGGCAAAUUUAGGAAGGCUGCAUUUUGCUAAUUUCAGAUUAAAUUGGCAGCUUGGGGCGGUGCCCACUUGCCCUAGUCGGACGUUUUACUAUUGCCUGGGAUAGUAUGCCCCCAGAAAUAAAGGGGGAAGUAUCGGAAUAUAUGAAUUGCUUAAGUAUUCUAAAAGUAAUGCAAGGAGACUGGUUUCCAGCUACUCUAAAUCACACAUUGGGGAAGUUAGUAUAAAUAAAGAUAAAUAAGUAAGAAUAAUGUGUAGGAGGAUUGAGCUAAAGAUAAACCAAGUAUUUUUCUCUUAUUGCUUUGCGUGGGAUGGGAACUGGUCAAAUGGUUUUAUAUAUGUCCUCACUUCACUCAUGGACUUGAAAAUCUGCAUGGAUUGGAGUAUGGGUUCUCUGGUACCAAUGGCUGUUCUGUAGCAUAUUAAAAGCCACACAAACAAACAAGUUGGAAAUCCUGAUAGAAGUAGGCUAGCUGUUAGUUUUGUGUUCUUCUCCUUGACGUCCAUAGUCAAAUUAUGAUUAUCUUCCUUGCUAUAACCGUACAUGUCUCAUUUUCAUUUUUUCGUUGGGUGUAUUUGUGAAGUUAGUUCAUUCAAAUUUGUAUAAUUAUCAAGGCCGUGGCUCCCGCAAUGUCACGUUUCCACCACAUGGCGGCGUAAUUUGCCAACAAUUGGUCCGACCGUAUAAACUGGCCAGCGCUUUCAUUUUGCAUUGCAUCGUAUUCUAUAUAAAUAACUUUAGUUUCCACAAGCCAUCCAUAGUAUACUGCAUUUUUACCAAAAUAAAAUGCAUUUACAAGAAUAAAAAGCAUUCCUUAUGUAUUCAUCAAUGUGUGCAUGUGUUAAUGUUCCUACAUUCCCACUAUAGAAUAUCUAAUAUUAUAAUAGUCCAAUAAUCAUUCAAUACUCUAAUCUACACAUCAUAUCAGGAGAUUUUUUUUAGAUCAUAAAACCCAUUUCCGCAUCGAAUGUAAAAUAAUAAUAUUAAAAGUCACAAAUGUACCACCCAAAAAGUUUCGCAUCCAAACUUUGCCCACCCGACCCCCUUAUCAGCAUCCAUCCAUCCAUCGGCGGUACCCCUCCUCUCCACCGCAUCCCAAGGGCUCGGCAAGGCGCGCAGGCGUACGACGCUGCGUGGGAAUGGCUGCAUUGUGAUCGAGGGGGUUGGGCCGCGCGGAAACUCACAGCACAGCCCUGCGAGGAGUCUGUAAUGUCCGCCAUGUUGGCCAUGGCGUAUUGAACCAGGGAGGAACAGCGGACCGCGGAGAACAGGGAGACCGACCGACAGCGACCGACACCCGGGCCUGCGCGGCUCCGUUCGCACCGCACCUUGAAGCCCGCCGUCCCCACCGAUCAAUUCACGGAUAAACACCAAUUUCCUCCAUGAGAUCUCGGAGCAGGGUUGCUGUUCAUCUUGGCUUUGGAUCGCAUAGGUUCAUGCUGCGCUGCAUAUUGUAGAGAAAUGAGUAAACUGUCGUUUCGCGCCCGGGCGCUGGACGCCGCUAAGCCGCUGCCCGUGUUCCGCUGCGAGGACCUGCCGGACCUGCACGAGUACGCCUCCAUCAACCGGGCCGUGCCGCAGAUGCCGACCGGCAUGGAGAAGGAGGAGGAAUCGGAACACCACUUGCAGCGGGCCAUCUCGGCACAGCAGGUGUACGGCGAGAAGCGCGACAGCAUGGUGAUCCCAGUGCCCGAGGGUCAGAGCGACAUCGGCUACUACGAGUCCCUCUACCCGGGGGACUUCAAGAUGCCAAAGCAGCUCAUUCACAUACAGCCAGCUUUCUGUCUGGACGCAGAGCAGCCCGACUACGACCUGGACACGGACGACGAGACGUUUGUGAACAAGCUGAAGAAGAAGAUGGAGAUCACGGCGCUGCAGCUGGAAGACAUGAUCGACCGGCUGGAGAAGGGCAGCGGGCAGCAGCUCGUCAGUCUGAAGGAGGCCAAGCUCCUGCUGAAGGAGGACGACGAGCUCAUCAAGGAGGUUUUUGAGUACUGGAGCCGCAAGAGGAAAGGCUGCCAUGCGGGCUACCUCAUCCCCAGCGUCAAGCACGAGAAGAGGGACGGCUCCAGCACCAGCGACCCCUACGUCGGCUUCCGCCGGAGGACCGAGAAGAUGCAGACCCGGAAGAACCGUAAGAACGACGAGGCGUCGUACGAGAAGAUGCUGAAGCUGCGGCGGGACUUGAGCCGGGCGGUCACCAUCCUGGAGAUGAUCAAGAGGAGAGAGAAGAGCAAGAGGGAGCUGCUGCACCUCACCCUGGAGAUCGUGGAGAAGAGAUACGUGGCUCCGGACUACGGCAGCGAGGUGAUGGCGGAGACCCUGGCCCAGUGCGCCCUGGUCAAGCCCGUGUACACCAUCCCCAUCCUGCCCCCGUCCAGCAACAGCCAGUACCGGCAUCAGGACCACCUGGACCUCAAGGACUACAAGAAGCCGGAGAAGAGCGAGGUGGUGAGAACCAAGAGGAAAUACGAGAAGAAGCCCAAGGCGCCCCCGCUGGCAGCCCCCGCCCACCUGGGGCCUGCCGUGUUCAGCCCCAAGGACCUCAACCAGUACGACUUCCCCAGCUCCGACGAGGAGUCCUACUCCCAGCUCCUCUCUGGAUCCUCGGAGGCGGAGGAGGAGAACGACCCAGAUGGCGGCUAUGCGUUCAGGAGGAAAGCAGGCUGUCAAUACUACGCCGCUCACCAGGAUCAGAACAGCACCUGGCCGUGGGUGAGCCCCUCCCAGGGGGGUCAAGGGGACCCCCGCUACCGCUACUGUCUGACCUCGCUGACGGCCCCGCGGCGCUGCCUGGGGCUGGCCCGCCGGCGCACGGGCCGAGGAGGACGGCUCUUGCUGGACCGCGCCCACACCGACCUGGACCCCGUCUACCAGAACCUGGACUCGGACCCCGAACCCGAGCACCCGGCAUCCUCGCCCGCCCCCCCUCCAGCGCUGAGCUCACCGCUCCGGGACUCCAACACCAGUACCUCAGACAGCAUUACCUCCGGCUCCUCUCGCCUCCUCCCGGCUCCUCCUCCCUCCUCCUCCGCCUCCUCCUCCUCCUGCACCUCCUCCGUCGCCGUGGAUCUGGCCCGGGUCCUGUUGAACGUAAAGUCCUGCCGCUGGAGGCACUUUAGACCACGGACGCUCCCCCACGACCCCUCGGGCGCUGGGUUCAUGUCUCGCAGGGGAUUAUUACGGAGGUUUCAGAGGACCGGGUCGGGACUGAGCCGGCCGCUUGCCGGCGGGGGCCCGACGCAGGCCCGCCCCGCGCCCCCCCCUGUGAACGUGCUGAGCCUGGAGCAGUACCAACAGCACCAGGCCCAGCUGGCCCUCAUGCAGAAGCAGCAGCUGGAGCAGAUCCAGCAGCAGCUCGCGGCCAGCGACGCGCCCUCCGCUGCCAGCACGCAGGGCCUGGUAUCUAAGACCCUGGACCAGGCCAGUGCCCAGUUCGCCGCCUCCGCCCUGGUCACCAGCGACCAGCUGCUGGCCUUCAAGGCCAAGGAGGAGCCGGCACCCGGCGGCGUCAACGGGGUCCUCCCGGCCUCAGGUGUGUUCAAGGGCUUGCACCCCUCCCCCGCCUCCUCCGCCCCUCACCGUGGCAACCAGCCCCCGGCCCCGCCCGCCUCCGGCCCCGUGUUCCUCCAGCCCUCCUCCAAGCCCGUCGUCGCGGCGGCGCCCAGCCUGCUCUCCUCGUCCCCGCACACGGCCGCCGCCCUGGGGCUGCUGGGCCCCUCCCCCGCCGCCGGCCCCACUCAGGUCCUCAUCGGGAACAACCUCCGCCUGAGCGUGCCGUCGGCGGGGGGGCUGGGCGCGCGCCACCUCCCCCGGGCGCUGGGCGGCGUGGCGCCCUCUGCCUUAAAGCUGGCCGCCGCCGCCGGCCUGCCCCUGGCCAAGGGGCCCGGAGCGCCGCCCGUGGACCCCCGGGAGAGCCGGGAGCCCGAGCCGCCGUCGCUCAGCAGCAUAGUGGACAACACGGUGGCCAUGGAGGUGACGUAGGGGCCGCCAACGGGGCCCCCAGAAUCCUCCCUGGGGGGCGGAGCAUCGGGAUGGCCGAGCGAGGGACGCCGCCGACGUCGGGACCGGGAUGAGGUCGGAACGCCGGGAACGACGGAUCCAUCCGCGGAGACUCGGCGGCAAAUCUCAUCUCUCAACUGCGUUUUUCUUAAACCGCUCUUUGUUUGUUUUUGUUUAUUUCGUUUUUUUUUUUUUUUUUUUACCUUGAUUUCCUUUUUUUAAUGUUACUGCUAAAAGGUGGAAAAAAAAAAAGAUUGACAUCUGUAAAUUAUGAAUAUGGCAAGAAGAAAAAAAAUGAAUUAAGUAUAUGUACAGUAACUUCACAUUUGUACUUUCCCCUGUUGUAUAUAUGUUACUUGGAUACAGAAGUGGUCCAUUUGUGAUGUUUUGCACUUGGGUUAUAAGAGACUGUGUGUCUGGUGUGUGUGUGUGCGUGUCUGGUGUGUGUGUGUGUGUGUGUGUGUGAGUAAAUUAAUGUGUUGGGGGUUCAGGGAAGACGGGCCGCGUGGCGAGACGGAGUUGUACAGAGAAACCUCUCUUUUUUUUUUCUAAUCACAUCAUGUGCAUGGUGCGGAGUCUGCUGUUUUUUAAAAAUCUAUUUAUUGUGCUGUGUUUACAGUUUUUUAUUUUAUUUUUCUAUGAUUUUGUAUCGGUUUUCGUUUCAUUUGUACACUGUACUUUUCGUUUGUUCCUGUGCGGUAGUGUAUGUUUUCUGGUAGCUACGGUCUCCUGGGUAUAUAUAUAUAUUUUAUUUUAUAUACAUGUUGUGAACACACAAAGCAGGUCUGACACCCUUCCCUCCUCACCCCUCGAACUCUUUUGUAGUUUGAUUUCCUUUGGUCUAUCGGUGGUGGACUAUUCUACUGGCUUGGGGUGGAUGUCUGGAUGGAAGCACUCCCCCUCCCCCCUCUCUCUCGCUCUCUCUGUCUCCCUCCCCCACCCCUCCCCCACCAACCUGACACAAGGAACAAACCAGGGAUGCGUCUCUUCCUAGAAGUGGCCUCCACCUCUUCUGAAUCAAAGCACUAUUAUUUUUUUAUCCGUUUCUAUAUCAAUGCUGCUUUUCUUUUUCCGUUCCAGUUUCUGUUUAUAAAAACCACAACACAGAUUUUCAAGAGUAUCAAUUUGUUUUUGUCUUCUUCCUCAUCCUUUUCCGUGGUUACCGUUUCUCCUCUUGAACUCGGUUUCUUUGUUUUAUUCUUAAGGACUUGACUCUUGCUACUUGUUCCUGCGUUAGUGACGUAGCUGCUACGCCGCUGUCUGCUAAAUCAUUCCAGUUGUUUGACUACAAAACCGGCUGACGUGAGGAAGGAGAAGUGCCACGGGACCCAUUAGUUUCCUCCCUUGUUUCUGUCUUUCUCCUCCUCUCAAUCCCCCUCUUUCUGUUUUUCGUCUUUUUAAUUUUGUUGGUUUUUUUAUAAAUAUUUUUUUCUUUUUGGAAAAAGAAUCUUCACGUGGCUGCGAGGCCAACACACACCACGUAUCGGGUGCCUUCCUCUGGGGAAAACAUACCUCUCUUCUGUGAAGAGUCCGGCACAAAGAUGGCGCUACUUAGUAGCAGUUCUUGUCUGUGUCAUGCCCAGCCCACUGGCAGGAAACAUACUACCGAGGUUUAUACACGUCCCACACUGGGGGCUGGGGGGGAGGGAGGGGAAUAGAACAUUAAACAAGAGAAAAUGUGACAAAACUUUCACUAAAAUAUGACAAUAAAGCCCAGGGCAUUAAAUGUGAACUGAUACAGUGUUGUUGGUUUUUUUUAUGUGGAUGUGUUUCACAAAAGUCUUUCAAUUUGUAAAGUAGUGCAAAUCAAUUCACAGUAGAAGUUAGGUAAUUAACGUGCAUGUCCAUUUAAACUAAUGAAAUACCAGUGAGAUGAUUAUUAAAAACUAAUUCGAAAUAAGAUAUUCCACAACGGUCACUGGAACGUAGCUCUGGUAGGCGCUCAUUUGUGUGUAGUUUUUUUUUCUGUUGGGUGUGCUUUACCAAAGUGUUUUUCAAAUUUGAAAAGUUAUGCAAAUCAAAUCACAAGUUAAGUGAUUAGAAAAUAAAUAAAUACAAAAGUAAAUUCCCUGCAGUGCAUGUCCACAUAAAUGAAUGAAACCCCAGUAAGACGGUUGUUAAGGGGCCACUCACACUAGGGCCGCGACCCGUGCCCGAUUUCAUUUGCAUACUAAAGUCUAGAACGUUUGGCUAGUGUGACCACGCCAUCCGUAUUCCAGCACGGAACAGCCCCUUGGCCACGGCACACUUGGGAGAGGUGUGCCGUGGCCAAAGUACAGAUGCUAAUGAGAUGACAUGCGCACACGCGAUACGCAACGUGAACUGGAUGACGUAGUCCUUGCGUGACCCUUCUUUCUUUAUAGGUCCAUGCCCUUCUUCCCCACAACAAUAAUUUUAAACAAUGGCGGCAAGCGGUUCACGAGUGGGUUUACGUUGGUGCGACAGUGAAGUCGAGUGUUUACUUGAAAUU